CAGGGGAAAAGUGGAGUUGAUCUGUGACAUAAGCGUAGUGGCCCCUUUCUCACAUCUUCCUCGUCCUCUCAUCAUCCCGUAAGGUCCGAUAUGGCGGAAAGAGAAGACAUCAACACUCUUUUCUCUUCCUCCCUCCUGCUCCCAUCUUUAGAAGAAGAAAGCUAAAGAAGUGACUCGAGGCUUCUAACAGCUUUUUUCCUUGCAGGAGAUUAUUCGAAAGACAGCUUCAAGCACAGAAUGGAGUGAAGAGGAGAAGACUUUUACUUAAUUUUACAAGCAUCUCUACGUGGAUUUAGGAAGAAAAAUAUAUUUUGAAAACGCUGACAGCACGUCUAAAGCAAUAGAACUUGGGGGUUGUCAUGGUUCGACGUAUUUUUGGAGUGUUUGGAGCGAUAUCAGCGCGCACUUUUGCGUGAAACAAGUCCCCCCCCCGGAACUGCAUUUUGAUAUUUUGGAAUAUAACGGAGGGAAGUGACUACGACUCUUAGAACACGUUGCUCGUGUAUUGACUGCCAGUUAAUUAGCCUAUCAAUAGAUUUCAGCUGCUCAAGCGAGGAAGUAAUGAGAACGAUUACGCAUUUAGAAUGACGAGCACAAAGUUUUUUUCUCCCAAAAUUAAUAUCAGCGCUCUGUCCGAUCAUCCAUCAGUAUUUUUCUCAUGUAAAAUCCUCCGUGCAUUUGGGCUGCGUAAAAGUGGACCGACUGCUCCAGCGUAAUGCGCGGGCAACGAAGGACCGACCAGUGUCACUAUCAUAUUCAAGAGAAGAGUGGAAAAAAGGGAGAGGCUUUACAAAGAGAUUUUUGGAACCCAGAAAGUUCUGUCAGAGGUUCCUAGUGCCUCUUUGGGAGAAGGGGGCGAGAGGACGCGACCUUCUGGAGGGGGAACAUUUGGCUGCAGCGGUGAAAAGAGAGGAGGGAGGUUGGAUUAUUAGAAAAUAUAUAUAAGACACUGCCCAGGUCAAGAUUUUAAUUGUCAUCCGUUUGGGGACUCUGCUUGCAGCUCUCACAUAGCAGGUCCCGGUCGAGAGGAGAGCGAUGAAGACGUCACUCUUUCUCCUACUCCUCAUCCUCACCCUCCUUGCCUCAGGAGCCAGCAGUGAUGUCAAGUACAUUUCCAAGAGAAAUUCUGUUGAUGGGUGCAUCGACUGGUCGGUGGAUCUUAAGGAGUACCAUGUUCUGGCCGGCGAACCAGUAAGGGUGAAAUGUGCCUUAUUCUACAGUUAUAUCCGGACCAACUACACCAUGGCCACCAACGCCAAACUGCGUCUCAUCUGGUACAAGAACAAAGGGGAUGCUGAGGAACCCAUCAUCUUCUCAGGCCAUAGGCUGAGUAAAGAAGACGAUUCCAUCUGGUUCAGGUCUGCUGAAAUGGAAGAUAAUGGUUUCUACACUUGUGUACUAAGGAACUCUACAUACUGCAUGAAGGUGUCUAUGUCUAUGACUGUAGAGGAGAGUGAUGAGGGGAAAUGCUUCAGCAGCAAUAUCCGCUAUCUGGCGAAAGCUGAGGUUACCCAUAGCAAAAUGAUCACAUGUCGUGAUAUCGAUGAUUAUUUGGCUCCAUACAAACAACCUCAAAUGACCUGGUACAAGGAGUGUGAGCGGGUUGAAUGGAGAAGUUCAAUUAUCGUCAAUAAUACACACAUCUGGAUCCCUGAGGUGGAGGAGGAAGAUGGGGGGAAUUACACUUGUGAGUUGCAGUAUGGAUCCAGACUGGUACGGAGGACAACACAGCUCAAAGUCACAGCUCUCCAGACCACCCAGCCACCUAAAGUCCUCUUUCCCCCGGAGAGACAAGACACAUUUAUUGAGAUCACACCUGGUUUGCCUCUCAGUCUGGACUGCAAGGCAUUUUUUGGCUACAGUGGAGAAAACCGCAGACCUAUCAUCUACUGGAUGAAAGGAGAGAAGUUUGUUGAAGAACUUGCUGGACACAUUAAAGAAAGUGAUGUCAGGAUUUUAAGGGAGCAUUUAGGCGAAAAGGAAGUCCAGCUGUCCUUGACUUUUGACGCCAUUGAGGAGACUGACCUGGCUAAUUACACCUGCUACGUGGAGAACCACAUAGGGAGGCGCCGCGGGAGUGCCAUACUGCUGAAGAAAGAUAUGUAUCGUUUGGAGUUGGCUGGUGGUCUGGGUGUCAUAUUGCUGCUGCUGGGAGUCCUAACGGCCCUUUAUAAAUGCUACAACCUGGAAAUUAUGCUAUGCUACAGGAGACAUUUUGGCAGUGAUGAAACUGAAGAUGAUAAUAAGGAGUAUGAUGCCUAUCUGUCCUACACCAAGGUGGAUCUGGACUCUUUGUGCAGAACUAGCAGUGAUGAGGAAACUUUUGCUUUGGAAAUCUUGCCUGACAUCUUGGAGAAACACUAUGGAUACAAGCUGUUUCUUCCAGACAGAGAUCUCAUUCCGAGCAGUACAUACAUUGAGGACCUCGCUCGUAGUGUGCUGCAGAGCAGACGGUUGAUCAUCGUUUUGACACCAGAGUUUGUGGCCAAGAGAGGUUGGAGCAUCUUUCAGAUAGAAACACGCCUCCAUUCCAUGCUGGUAACUGGGGAAAUCAAGGUAAUCAUGAUAGAAUGUGCUGAUCUGAAGAGUGUGAUCAACUACCAAGAGGUGGAAGCACUUAAACAUACAAUCAAGGUUUUAUCCAUCAUCAAAUGGAGAGGUCCCAAAAGCAAUGAACUGUCAUCCAAGUUUUGGAAACAGGUGGUCUACGAGAUGCCUGCUAAACGAAGAGAGACUUUGUCCCGACGUCAGGUGAUGGACUCGGGAGAGCAGGGGCUCUUUGGAGAUCUACAAACAUCUGUCUCUACCAUUGCCAUGACAACCACCUCAGCAUCCCUGGUGGCUCCAAGUGAGAAUCGGCAUGGACAUCAUCAGGUUUCCUUGGCAACAGAGAUCCCUGACUACAACCAGAUGACCUUGCCUAUUGGAGGGGGUCACAUGGCUACCGCAGCCCAAAUGAGGCACUUUUGCCGUAGCUACGAGUUUCAUCUUCCCACGCAGCCACCUGCCCUGUCGCCUCCCCUCCCGCCUCCGUCUACCAUGCAGUUUUCCACUCUGGGCCCUGGGGGGCGCCACGUCUACUGCAAUAUCCCUAUGACAAUUCUAAAUGGACAGGGGUUCAGGGCAGUUGACUGGGGCAGAAGAGGUUUCUCAGAGCAGCACACUUGGAAAGAAGCCCGAUCUUCACCUGAACAGCACCUUUGUCCCACUCACCAGCAGAGAACUAAGCUCUGAUAUCUGGUAGAAGCAUUGCUUUACUGAUGCUGGACUAAAGACUACUGGUUUACAAAGAAAUUCUCACUGACUUGGGACAAAGCUUUUUGGACCUUCUACAAAAGUGGUUUACGGCCUCUUCAGCCCAUGCUGUGAUCAUAAACUGCUCACAUAUUCUAAAACGUAUGGACCGGACAAGAUCUGGACUGCUUACAGAUCAACACAGACUGAUUGAUUCAACUGAUUGUAUAUUUGUAUUGCCCCAAGCACUGAAUUACAGACCGAUAUAAAGUUGGAUUUAAAAGCCUUCCAAUAC